GAUGAACAAGACAUAGGCUACUACAUGCUGAACUGGAAGCAUUCAAUUUGUGAUCUCAGAGUGUCAUCCGUUCCACAAAGCAGCAUGAAGCUGUACAUCAUAGCAGCUGCCUGUCUGGCAGUGGUGAGCUGUGCCAGCAUCUCUCUGGAGGACCUGGAGUUCCACGCUUGGAAACUCAAGUUUGGCAAGGUCUACCAAAUCGUUGAAGAGGAGGCGUAUCGUAAAGACAUCUGGCUCUCCAGCCGUCGCAGGGUCCUGGCCCACAACAUCCUGGCUGAUCAGGGCAUCCACACCUACCGCAGGGGCAUGAACCACCUCUCAGACAUGACUGCGGAAGAAUAUGGCCAUCUCCUGGGUGACCAGACUCCCCGCAAUGUCACCAUGUCCCCCCCUGAGGAGACAGUGAUGACCCACAAGCCCCAACUGGGCUCAUCUCGACUGCCUGAGUCUGUGGACUGGAGGGUAACCGGCUGUGUGACUGACGUUAAAGACCAAGGCAACUGUGGAUCCUGCUGGGCCUUCAGUGCUACAGGUGCGCUGGAGUCCCAUACCUGCAUCAAAUAUCGUCGACUCCCCUCUCUGAGUGAACAGCAGCUGGUGGACUGCAGUUGGAAGUAUGGGAAUGAGGGCUGCAAUGGCGGGUACAAGGACAGAGCUUUCCAGUACGUCACAGACAACGGAGGGAUAGACACUGAAGCAUCCUAUCCUUAUGAGGCACGGGUUUCAACCUGCCGUUUUAAAUCUGGGUAUAUUGGUGCCAAAUGCAAACGACCUAUAUAUUUGGACCGCGGGUAUGAGUAUGUGUUGAAAGAGGUCCUGGCGAAUGUCGGUCCAGUGUCUGUUGGUGUCGAUUCCAGUUAUGACUCCUUCAAGCACUACUCAUCUGGUGUGUACAAUGAGCCUAAAUGUAGCAACUGGAAGACAAACCAUGCCGUGUUGGCUGUUGGCUAUGGCACUGAAAAUGGCCAAGACUACUGGCUGGUGAAAAACAGUUGGGGUGUUGGCUGGGGAGAGAAAGGCUACAUCAAGAUGGCCAGGAACAAGAGGAACCAGUGCUGCAUCGCCUGCUAUCCAGUUUACCCUCUAGUCUAGUUCGACCAAGAGUCAAAGGGCAGGGAGACAGCAUUACUCACAGUACAUUUUGCAGUGUUAAUUCCCCAGCUUACCCUCUAG